UACCGUGACAGGGACAGGUCUGGUGGGGCACCACAGCUCAACUACAGAGAGAAAGAGAAGGACAUCCUGGACGAACUCUUCCAAAAGAGCCACUAUGACAAGAGGAUCAGACCCUCUGGUGUGAACGGUACAGCUGACGAGCCAACCAUUGUUAUGAUCAAUAUGAUGUUCCGGAGUAUACAGACUAUUGAUGAUGUGAAGAUGGAGUACAGCGUCCAGCUGACCUUCAGAGAGGAGUGGGUAGAUGAACGCCUCAUCUUUGAUGACCUUGGAGGUCGUAUCAAGUACCUGACUCUGACAGAAACCAACAAGGUGUGGAUGCCUGACCUGUUCUUCAAGAACGAGAAGCUUGGUCACUUCCACGACAUUAUUCUUCCCAAUGUUUACCUGCGCAUCUUUCCCAGUGGCGGCGUCCUCUACAGCAUCAGAAUUUCAUUAACGCUCUCAUGUCCAAUGAACCUUCAGCUAUACCCUCUAGACACUCAAACGUGUGAGCUUCUUUUGGCCAGUUACGGGUGGACGACGGAGGACCUGGUGUUCCUGUGGCGUGAGGGUGACCCCGUGCAGAUUACACAGAACCUGCACCUGCCACGCUUCACACUGGAGAAAUUCCUCACGGAAUACUGCAACAGCAAGACCAACACAGGAGCCUAUUCCUGCCUGAAGGUGGACUUGCUGUUUAAGCGGGAGUUUUCUUACUACCUGCUGACCAUCUACAUCCCCUGCUGCAUGCUAGUCAUCGUCUCUUGGGUGUCUUUCUGGCUCGACCAGAAUGCUGUACCUGCCCGAGUCUCCCUGGGCGUCACUACCCUCCUCACCAUGGCUACCCAGACGUCAGGCAUCAACCAGUCCCUCCCCCCAGUGUCCUACACCAAGGCCAUCGACGUGUGGACCGGGGUGUGCCUCACCUUCGUCUUCGGGGCAUUGCUGGAGUUUGCGCUGGUCAACUACGCCUCCAGAUCAGACAUCCACCGCGAACAGAUCAAGAAGCAGCGUAGACAGUGGGAACUGGAGCACCAGGCCGCCCUCGAAGCUGAGCACCUAGACUCAGACGGUCCAACUACCUUCGCCAUGAAGCCUCUGAUGCGGCCACAUGGGGACGGUCUCUCCCUGGACAAGGCGCGGCAGUGUGAGAUCCACAUGCAUCCCCAGCCUCCGCGACGAUGCUGCGGCUCCUGGCUCUCCAAGUUUCCCAGCAGGAGCAAAAGGAUCGAUGUCAUCUCCAGGAUCACCUUCCCGCUCGUCUUCGCUCUCUUCAAUGUCGUCUACUGGAGCACCUACCUUUUCAGGGAGGAAGAAGAGGCCCCGCCGCAGCCCUAGGCAAACCAAAGCCAAGAGGAAGCACCCACUAUUCCCCCGGGCAUUAAAGAGGAGGCUGGAAACCUCUCGGUGCACUUAAGUGUGUGCGUGUGUGUGUAUAUAUGUGUGUUCGAGGAAAGCAUCUAGCACUUUCUCAAGCAUGAAGGAAUUCACUUUACAAGAUACGUCCGAGUGUUUGUGUCCGAGAGAGAAACAACAAAAAACUACUUCCGAAGACUAAAAGAAGACUUAAGGUCAUUCAAGACAUUGUUUGUCCUCUUGCCCGAUUCGGGAAUUCGUGGGAAGCCUCUAGUAGCAAAGGGGAAGCCAGCCUGUCAAACGCUCAUACGCAAUACUUAUAAAAAUGUGUAGAUGACUAUCAAAAUAGCUUUUAAUGUUUUUGAACAAGGGCAGAAAUAUUUGUCCUUUUCCUUUAUACAGAGUUGGCCCUCUUUUGAUAAUUUCACAAUGGAUACGGAGAGAAAAUGUGUGAUUUUCAUACUGAAUAAAAGCCAGAACAGACGAGAAUCAAAAAGUUGUCAUGGGAGAAUGAAUGAAACAAUGGUUUCGUGGGUAGUGAUUUUACCACUUACUAAAAUGAAUUAUAAAAUUAAAUAAAAAUAUUAUUG